AUGAAUUUAACAAAAUUAAACUCUUUCAACGCUUAUCAAUUGCCUCGUUUACUUGUAUUCAUUUUCUUUUUACUGCUUUUGGUUGAUGACGAUGUGAAUGCUCAAUCUCAAUGUAUUAAUAAUUACGAUGAAAAUAAAGAUUAUUUUUCGGAGAAGGUUAACGUCACUACUGCAAAAUUGUUUACUAUAGAAUACUUUAAAAAUUAUAAACUUAUCCGUGCCCAAAAUGAAACUUAUGCUCUUUACCAAUGUGGAACUCCCGUCCCGGAGGGUUUGCCAGUUGGUACAAAGAAUUUCUCAAUUCCUUUAACAAGUGUUGCUAUAUAUGAUAGUAGCGUUAUUCCUUUUCUUGAGAUUCUUGGGCUUAGAUCUACAAUUAAGGGUUUUGACAACACAAUUUUUUCUAUCGUCGUUUCACCAUGCUUACAAGCCUCAAAAAACAAGAUCACCCUUCUCGAUUUAAACAAUGCAACUGAAAAAUCUAAUCUUGAAUCAACGUUCAACGCGACGUUUGGUGCGAUGGUUGAUCCUACAACUCCCAAUUCUGUGAGCGUUUCAAUUGUUUCAGAUAAUGGAGUAUUAAAUCGUGUUGAAUGGAUAAAAUUCUUUAGUGCCUUUUUUAACCUUGAAAGUAAUGCUACCAAAAUUUAUGAUGACAUUAGCAAUAAUUAUAAUUGUUUAAAGAAUUUAGCGAAUUCAAAUGCAUCAUCUAUUAAACCGAUAAUUGCAUGGACAAGUUACAUCGCACCUAGUGAAUAUAAUAACAAUACUGAAUCUUGGACGAUUGCUGAUGCAGUUUAUAAAAAAAUAUUUACCGAAGAUGCUGGUGCUACUUAUUUCAAUUCCUCUACCUUAAUUUACACAACGAGUUCGGAUUUCCUUAAUGUUAUAUCUGGAGUAGAUAUAUUAAUUGAUGAAACCUUUUUAGCUCCUGAUAUUUCAACCGUUUACAAGAAUUAUGGUUUGACAAAAGACAGUAAUUUCAAAUUCGUUAAAAAUUCUGCAAUUUAUAGGGAAGACGGAAUAGAGAGUCCCUCAGGAGGAAGAGAUUGGUUUGAAGAUGCAGUAUUGAUGAAUGAUGCAGUAUUGGAAGAUUUAAUAAAUGUUGUGAAUCCACUUUUGCCCAAGAGUGAUUAUUCAAGAAUUUGGUUGAGAAAUGUUGCAAAAAAUGAAGCAAUUAAAUAUUCUAACGAACAGAAUUCAAAACUAAGAGCAGUGAUGGUAACAGUAUCUACAAUUAUUCACUAG